CGCGCCCAGGGCCCGAAAUCAGACAGGAAGCCAAAUACCCGGGGCGUUGAGCGGCUCGGGCCGGAGCGCUGGCCGAGGGCUGGGAGCCAAGGGUCUGGCGGGGGCGGCGCGGGGCGGGGCGGGGCUGCGAGCCUAUUAAAGCUCGGCCCGCGGGGGCAGAGCGGGGCGAUGGAGCGCGACGGCGACCAGGCAGGGCACGGGCCCCGGCACGGGUCAGCGGGAAACGGUCGCGAGCUCGAGUCACCAGCCGCGGCUUCGCUGCUCGCGCCCAUGGACCUAGGAGAGGAGCCGCUGGAGAAGGCGGAGCGUGCCCGCCCUGCCAAAGACCCCAACACCUACAAAGUGCUGUCGCUGGUUUUGUCAGUAUGUGUGCUAACAACAAUUCUUGGUUGUAUAUUUGGGUUGAAACCAAGCUGCGCCAAAGAAGUAAAAAGUUGCAAAGGCCGCUGCUUUGAAAGGACGUUCAGCAACUGUCGCUGUGAUGCUGCCUGUGUCAGCCUUGGGAACUGCUGUCUGGAUUUCCAGGAGACCUGUGUGGAACCAACACAUAUAUGGACUUGCAACAAAUUCAGGUGCGGUGAGAAGAGGCUGUCCAGGUUCGUGUGCUCCUGUGCAGACGACUGCAAAACCCACAAUGACUGUUGCAUCAACUACAGUUCUGUGUGCCAAGAUAAGAAGAGUUGGGUAGAAGAAACAUGUGAAAGCAUCGAUACCCCGGAGUGUCCAGCAGAGUUUGAAUCACCCCCUACUCUCUUGUUUUCUUUGGAUGGAUUCAGAGCUGAGUAUUUGCACACCUGGGGUGGACUUCUUCCUGUCAUUAGCAAGCUGAAAAACUGUGGAACAUACACUAAAAACAUGAGGCCUAUGUACCCUACCAAGACGUUUCCCAAUCAUUACAGCAUCGUCACAGGACUUUAUCCGGAAUCCCAUGGCAUAAUUGAUAACAAGAUGUAUGAUCCCAAAAUGAAUGCUUCUUUCUCGCUUAAAAGUAAAGAGAAAUUCAACCCUUUGUGGUACAAAGGACAGCCGAUUUGGGUGACCGCUAAUCAUCAGGAGGUCAAGUCCGGCACAUACUUUUGGCCAGGAUCAGAUGUGGAGAUUGACGGGAUUCUACCAGAUAUCUACAAAGUGUAUAAUGGGUCAGUACCAUUUGAAGAAAGGAUUUUAGCUGUUCUUGAGUGGCUGCAGCUUCCUAGCCAUGAAAGACCACACUUUUACACUCUGUAUUUAGAAGAACCAGAUUCUUCAGGGCAUUCACAUGGACCAGUCAGCAGCGAGGUCAUCAAGGCCUUGCAGAAGGUUGACCGCCUGGUCGGCAUGCUGAUGGACGGCCUGAAGGACCUGGGCUUGGAUAAAUGCCUGAACCUCAUCCUCAUUUCAGAUCACGGCAUGGAACAAGGCAGCUGUAAGAAGUAUGUGUACCUGAAUAAGUACUUGGGGGAUGUGAACAAUGUGAAAGUUGUGUAUGGACCUGCUGCUCGGUUGAGACCCACUGAUGUUCCAGAGACAUACUAUUCAUUUAACUAUGAAGCCCUUGCAAAAAAUCUUUCUUGCCGGGAGCCAAACCAGCAUUUCCGGCCUUACCUGAAACCCUUCUUACCCAAGCGCUUACACUUCGCUAAAAGUGACCGGAUUGAGCCCCUGACCUUCUACCUGGACCCUCAGUGGCAACUUGCGUUGAAUCCAUCAGAGAGGAAAUAUUGUGGAAGUGGAUUUCAUGGCUCUGACAACUUGUUUUCAAACAUGCAAGCUCUUUUUAUUGGCUAUGGACCUGCCUUCAAGCAUGGUGCUGAAGUUGACUCCUUUGAAAAUAUUGAAGUCUAUAACUUAAUGUGUGACUUACUGGGUUUGAUCCCAGCUCCCAAUAAUGGAAGUCAUGGCAGCCUUAACCACCUUCUAAAGAAACCCAUUUACAACCCAAGUCAUCCCAAAGAAGAGGGCUUCCUGUCUCAGUGUCCAAUCAAAUCAACAUCCAAUGACCUCGGCUGCACAUGUGACCCUUGGAUUGUGCCAAUCAAGGACUUUGAGAAACAGCUUAAUCUGACCACAGAAGAUGUAGAUGACAUUUACCAUAUGACUGUACCCUACGGGAGGCCCCGGAUUCUACUGAAGCAGCACCGCGUCUGUCUACUCCAGCAGCAACAGUUCUUGACCGGAUACAGCCUGGACCUCCUCAUGCCCCUCUGGGCGUCUUACACCUUCCUCAGUAAUGACCAAUUCUCCAGAGAUGACUUUUCCAACUGUCUGUACCAGGAUCUUCGGAUUCCCCUUAGUCCUGUGCAUAAAUGUUCCUAUUACAAAAGCAAUUCUAAGCUAAGUUAUGGGUUCCUCACGCCACCGAGACUAAAUAGAGUUUCAAAUCACAUAUACUCUGAAGCGCUGCUUACAUCUAAUAUAGUGCCAAUGUAUCAGAGUUUUCAAGUUAUAUGGCACUACCUUCAUGACACCCUACUGCAAAGGUAUGCCCAUGAAAGGAACGGCAUCAAUGUUGUCAGCGGUCCCGUGUUUGACUUUGAUUAUGACGGACGCUAUGAUUCCUUAGAGAUCCUGAAACAAAACAGCAGAGUCAUCCGAAGCCAGGAAAUUCUGAUUCCGACUCACUUCUUCAUUGUGCUCACCAGCUGCAAGCAGCUGUCUGAGACUCCCUUGGAGUGCUCCGCCUUAGAGUCCUCAGCUUACAUACUGCCUCAUAGGCCUGAUAACAUUGAGAGCUGUACGCAUGGGAAGCGGGAGUCUUCAUGGGUCGAGGAGUUGCUGACCUUGCACAGAGCUCGGGUCACAGACGUGGAACUCAUCACUGGCCUCAGCUUCUACCAGGACCGACAAGAGUCAGUUUCAGAACUGCUGAGGUUGAAAACACAUUUGCCAAUCUUCAGCCAAGAAGACUGAUUGUUUUUUUAUUAAAAAACAAAAGAAAACAAAACAAACACCAUAGAUCCUUUUGAAAGAGUCUUAUAUUUGAUACAGUCCUCUACACUUUUGCAUUGUUUGGAAACGGUCGAGUGGAGUUACAACUGGGACUCCCUGUGUGGUGUCGAUGUCCCUGGCUGGGUUGUGUGACGACUCAGCACAUCUGCAGAGUGUUCCUGUCCUGUGCCAUGCAGACUUCCUGUCUAAGAAUUAGAUGUGUCACUAACGCACGGGGAGUAAAGACACUUCACCUCACACCUGGAAGUGUUCUUAAGGGACGAGGGGCAGUGUACGUGGUCUGGGGACCUGAUGUUGGAAUCCUAUUGUUGUUAAUAAAACUGAGUAAAGGACUGGGGUAGCUCAUGUCCCAUUUUAAAAAAAAUGGAAAAUGGUUCUGUAUUGAUUUUCACUUGGAGUUUCAGUUUUAGCUAAAUGAGGCCCCAUUUCUAUUUUUUCUGUCUCCUCCAAUAACCAAAGUCUUGUGCUUUUAAAACAAAUUGUGAUUGGGUCUCUUCAGGUUUAGUGGCUUUCCAUCAAAAAACUGGACUUUUGAUGGAAAAUUUGUGAGUUGAGGAUAUCUAGCUUUUGUAAAAAUCUGACUCUAUGUUUAUACACACACGCACACAUACACAUGUACACACGCACACACAUGUGCACAUGCAUGUAUGCAUGCACACACACAUGUAACACAUGUGCACACACAUGUACACACAUACACAUGUAACACACCCACACACGUGCAUGCUCUUGAAUAUGCACAUGCACACACAUAUGCACAUGCACAUCCCAGUCCUCUUUACUAGAAAUAAAUGAAGACUGAAAAGAGCCCUGAGCAUGGUUCUCUCAGGCCAUUAAAAUUGGGCUUUGUUUGGAUGAACCCCGAGAGAACUCAUUGGCACUUGCAAAGUGACUUUUUUUUCCACUGUGAAGAGUGUUUUCUCUGCACAAGAGAGCCCCCCUCCCCCACAGUGAUGGGAGAAGAGCUUUGCCUGGCUUAGUUCUUCAGUUUGAAGCUGUGUAGAUCUGAAGAGAAUUCGUCACUCAUCACUUAACAUCUUCACUGUGCACACGACAAAUGACACAGUGAUGUAACUUCCCCUCACCGACAUUGCCACUGACAUUGAUGUAAUAACUUAGAAGGUGUUGUUUUGUGUUACCCAUAGCCUCUGGCAUGCAUAUCUUUCAGUCUGUUCUUUCCAAGUUUGCUACUUCCUGCCAGUCUGUCUAAGGUUUUGUUUGGUUUUUAUGCUACCUUUUAUCCAUUCUGUUGUUCCCAGUAGGUUUAUAUAUAGGCUACUGUUUUAUUUGUAAAAUGUUAUUUGUGUUUUGCUUCUUUAUGUCUUCUAUUUGCUGAAAUUUUUUAUUGCUUCCAUUGAGUAUCAAUUUCUUCAUUUGUUUCAUGUGCAUUUGCGGUUGCUGGUUGGAACAUUUUUACGAUGCUGUUGUACAGUGCUCGUUGGUACAUCCUCACUUCCUCUGUCAAUGUUUGUUUCUAUGUGUAGUGGGUUUCUCUUGUCUUCAACAUAUUUUUUUUGCUUCUCAUGAUUGUUUUAAAUUAAAACCUGGAUAUUUUAGGCAUUCUAUCUUAGCAUUCUGCAUCUUCGGUAAAUCUCCUCUGACAUCAUCCCUGCAGAAAUACUGGGGACUCGGCCUCCUUCUUACUCUCUGGGAGAUGAAGUAUUUCACCUCCUCCAUUGAUAUUAGGAUGAGAGGAGGUAAGCGGAGUGGGGAAUUCAGAUCUCUGUUCGUUCAUUGCUGAUGCCUCCCGUGCUGGGAUGUGAACAGUACCACUUACUGCUCCUGGCGGGUCUCCAGUGAUGCAGGCAUCCUGGAGAAAGCUUCAUCACCACUGGAUAGAGAUGACCCUCUCAGGCUACUCAGCCUCCACUGGCACUGCCCUGGCAGCGGAGCUGGAGAGCUGGGUAUGGCUUUUACAGCUUGCCAGCCGUAGAAGUGUAGGCUCCACCCCCUUGGCUGGUGUGGGAGGGUCUUUUUUGUGUUUCACAGAAGCAAAGUAGAUUCUGGUGAGCUCCGCCCUUUCCUGCCCUUUGGAUGGGGAGAGUAAGCCGUGUUUUCCACUCCCUGCCCUGUCAUUCUGGCAUCUUCAUGCUCCUUCAUCAAGUCUGAGGGAAAUGAGCUAAAAGGAAAACUUGGGACACGGAACGUUACUCUUGAGUUCUGAGGUACUUAGCCUGCCUAUGUGGUACUCAGUCCUCCUGGGUUUGUUUUUAUGUAUAAUAUAAAGGCUUUGUCACCCAAUUAGCAGUAUAUGUGCUUAGUUACACGACCCACUUGGCCUGAAGCAUCCUAGUGGGGCUUCAUUAAAUGGAUAGGCUCCCGUUCUCUGAGCUAGACACUGAAGUCGUAAAGAGGAGCUGGUUACAAUUCCUAUAAUCCCGAGGAAACAGGCAGCGGUGGCAGAAGUGUGAGUGGGUUCCUAAGGAGCAGGAAAUGUCACUGAACCAUGAAAGAUAUACUGGGUACUUAAUUCAGAGUCCAUAGUUCUUAGGGUCUACCUGUAGGUGAUGGUGGCUUUGUCCUACUUUUUCUGACAAGGACCAAUAUGCAAAAAGAACCCCCCCCCCCACUUUAAAUCCUAAAUCUGACUUCUGUACCUUGGGAGUCCAUACUUCUUAAGGAAGGUUCCUUAGAAAAUGACCCGUGUGGUCAGUACCUUCAUUGCUGAGAAAGAACCAAGCAGGAGUUUUUAAACAAUGUUUUCAAGAACAGGACCACAGUGGGAAGAAGGUGAAGGCUCAGAGUCUGUAGGGAAAGGAUAUCUGAAGCGUUUAAGGACUGUUUAAAUGGAGGCUGUGGGGAGCCAUGUGUUCAGGAGAUGUGAUGAGGUGAGGCAGGUGACUGCCCGCAGACGUUUGGUCCUCCUUGCCCUUUCCCCUGUUAUUAGCCAGGGUAACUUCUGUCCUGUGGGCACAUACUUAUCUGCCAGAGGAACUCACACUUGAACUUUGAAACAAUUAAGCUGAUUACCCUUCGUGUAGAAGCUUGUAGCAGGAAGAGAGUGAUGUAAACGCAUUCCUAAGCGAAAAUUUUAGCAUGGUUACAAAGCAGGGACAUUUGGGGGCCGGUUUUGGUCAGUCUAAAUAUUGUAAGACAACCAAAAAUUAUUCUACAGGAUGUAGGUGUGUCUAUAUUGAGAAAUGUCAAUUUCUUAAUAAAACUCUAUUAUAUUGAGUCUUGGCAGCUUGCCUAUGUGGCUGUGUGUAUGUGUGUGUUGGGGUGGGGGAGGGGUGGAGCUUCCUACAGAAAAAUGAUACCAAGUCCAGGCAUUGUUGACAUUAAACCGCAGCUGCGUUGUUGGAGGGAGAAAAGGAAUUAAAGUUCACUUCAGGUUCGCAGAGCAAACAGUGCCAGCCUGCAGCCUCUGUCCUCUUUGGGGACAAGGGCAUGUGACUGUCAUUUCAGAGUCAGAAAGAGUCUGAAAUUAGAGGAAAGGUGCUAACUUGUGACAACUAUAGACAUUUUCAGUGUGAAGUGUUUGACUGUAUUCCUUCCUCUGUAAGUAAUGGUUCUAGGAAAGUGCUGCUUUCUAGAAAUUAUAUCUAUCAUCAGAAUCUACAAACACAUGAAAUAUCAUGAAAUGUGAUGUCUUAGUUCCGUACAAAUGGCAGAAUCGGCCUGAAUGACACAGAAAUUGACAAAGCAAGGCUCAGCUUUUUUUCUCUUGUAACUUUGCAUAGUAUUCUCAGCGUCUUCCUGUUUUGUGAAAAGAUCUCUUACCAGUUUACAAUGCAACUGACCUGUACUUUACUGUGCUUCUCAAUGCUCUUCCAGCUUAACUCUAUGUUGAAGCAUAAACUAUCUGGUCAGGGGAUAAUUUCAAGGUUUUAAUAAAAAUAAUGCUUUGACUUAA